GCACAGGGCACACCAAAGGCCAAACCCAAGCAGAAGCCUAUAGAUCGAUGCAACGCAGUGCAGCGCAUGCCUUCCACUCAUAAAUCACUGCUGCAGAAAGCCUAGGAUCGAUGCGACGACGGCUGCUGAGUGCAGCAGGCUGGAGUACUGCCACUGCCAUGCGCAGCCGACGUGCGUCGUGGCGCGCAGCCGGUGGGUGCAGGCCUGCCGCUGCGACGCCGUCCCGGGGACGUGAUAUGCACUCGUCGUCGCGUCGCGCAGCCAGGGCGAUGCAGCCAUCGAUGCAAGCGAGCCGGGGACGACUCUCGUCGUCCUGCCGCGCUGCCGACGAGUGCAGCCCGCACUACGUCACGCCAGUCACAACACUCGCCGACGCGUCCCAGGACACGGCGUGCGACGUCCUGUACGUGGUCGGCGGCCUCUACGGCAACAUCAAAGCAUUGGAAGCGCUGGAGGAAGGCAUGGAACGAGAAAGACGACACGGACUUAGAAUAGAAGUCUGCUUCAACGGAGACUUCAACUUCUUCAAUGCUACCUCAAAAACCUGGGCGCGUAUCAAUCAAGGCGUGCGGGCGCUAGGACAUGCGACGGCGGGCAACGUCGAGCGGGAAUCUCUCAAUAGCGAUGGUGGCUGCGGCUGCGCGUACCCGGACUACGUCGACGCGGCCUUCGCGGACCGCGCGUCUGCUAUUGUCCAGAGGCUGCGGACCGUAUAUACUGAUCCGGACAUCGCCGCGUGGCUCUCAACUUUACCUUUCGCGAAGACGUACGCCGUCGGCGGCGCCCGCGUCUGCUGCGUCCACGGUUUGUUACGCAGCGUGGAAAUCAAACUUGACACGCGUCGAUGGCGUCGAGGAGGGGUCAUUUACAACUCACAAAACACAGGCGACCCAGCCUGCGCGAACGGCUGGGCCUUCGACGCGGCCCACCUGCCGGGCGGGUCGCGACCGGACCACGCGACGGACGUCACAAAUAUAGAACGGUGGUUCGAGGAAGCGCGAGCCGACGUCUUCGCGUGCGCGCACACGUGCCGGCCCGUGUUCCAGCGGUUCGGGAACGGCCUCGUCGCGAACAACGGCGCCGCGGGCCUCGGCAACUUUCGUGACGAUCCGCGCGGCCUCGUGACGCGCGUGGCUUGUGUAGAUGUCGCAUCGGCGCUCGGCGCACCUUUAUAUAGUGCGGACGUCGGUCGCGCGCGCAUCGAGGCCGUGCCGCUGGCCUUUGACCUGAACGCGGCGCUCGCCGCGUUCGACGGGGUCUGGCCCUCUGGGAGCGCCGCGGCCGUCUCGUACCGCGAGCGGCUUGCGAACGGCGACGAGGGGUGGAGCCCGGGCGCGGCGGACCGGGCCGGCGUGAUGUGCCCGCACCUGCACGCGCUGGUCGAGCGCCAGACCACGCUGAUGCCGCGCAUCGUCGAGGAACUCGAGGCCCACGGCGAGAAGCGGUCCCACUGGGCCUGGUGGGCCUUCCCUGCGGACAUGUGCGGCAACAGCGAGCCGCCUCCGAAGACGAAGCUGUCGUCGCCGGCCGCGGCGGCGGAACUGCUGGCGCGGGGCCCGGUCGCCGACUGGCGAAAAGCCCUCGAGUUGAUAUGUGAGUUGUCGGAGGCGCGCGGCCAACUGGUGCUGCCGGCCGCCGACCACGGCCGCGUCGCCUCCUUCAUACCUUUCUGGGAGGGCCUCGAGUUCACGCCGGCCUGGCUCGGCAUU